AGUCUCCGAGUCAACCAAAGGGAGGUUUGCGGCUGUAUCCAAACGGUAACUAUUUCAGAAAUGGCCGUCGGCCUUGCCAAACUGGGCAGAUUUGCCCGACGGGAUGGGGCCCGGGCCUUGGCGCCGGUUAUUUUGUAACCUUAGUGUGGUGGGAGUUUUUUUUGUUUUUUUUUAAUAAACUUGGUAGAUGUUGACUGGAAAGCAGUUUCCGUCAUUGGAAUCGAGCAGGUAGAAUCCAAUCCAAUUGAAUUGACUACAUAUAACAGGCCACCCGGACGGUUUGUGGAACCUGACCGUCACCGGCGACCUGGCGACAGAUAUUUCUGUCAAGGAUUUUCCUCAUCUCAGAUCCGCGAUGGCGGCUUUUUGUUUCCCCACCCCCUCCCCCUCCCCCUCCCCUCUCAUGAGCGAGUGGAGUAAAGAUAUUAAAAACUACCCACCGGAUCAGUACGAUGGGAGAGGCAUUUUUUGUCCCUUUCUCGGUCGGAAGGCGGCCGUGUGAGGGAGGAGUGGCGCUCGCGCUGGCGCCGGCGUCGAAGGCCGCUUUUGUUGGCGGAGAAUCAUGGGCGUGCGGCUCUCGGCGGCACACAAUCCGUUGUCAUCCGAUCCUUAUACUUCGCCAUCCGGUGACAUCGACUGGCACUCAUUCUAACGUUAAAAAUGGGCAAGGAAAAGAUACACAUCAACAUUGUUGUCAUCGGUCAUGUCGAUUCUGGCAAAUCUACAACCACUGGUCAUCUCAUCUACAAAUGUGGUGGCAUUGAUAAGAGGGUCAUUGAGAAAUUUGAAAAGGAAGCUGCUGAGAUGGGGAAAGGAUCCUUCAAAUAUGCCUGGGUGUUGGAUAAACUGAAAGCUGAACGUGAGCGUGGAAUUACCAUUGACAUCUCUCUUUGGAAGUUUGAAACCGCAAAGUACUAUAUCACCAUCAUUGAUGCUCCAGGACACAGGGACUUUAUCAAGAACAUGAUUACCGGCACCUCGCAGGCUGACUGUGCAGUGCUGGUAGUUGCGGCUGGUGUGGGUGAGUUUGAAGCUGGUAUCUCAAAGAACGGUCAGACAAGGGAACAUGCCCUUCUUGCCUACACUUUGGGUGUCAAGCAGCUCAUUAUUGGUGUUAACAAGAUGGACUCCACUGAACCCCCAUACAGUCGUGAUCGAUUCGAAGAAAUCAAGAAGGAAGUCACCCAAUACAUUAAGAAGAUUGGCUACAAUCCAGCAACAGUAGCAUUUGUUCCCAUCUCUGGUUGGAAUGGAGACAAUAUGCUGGAACCCAGUGCAAAUAUGAGUUGGUUCCAAAGUUGGAUGAUUACUAGGAAGACCGAGACAAUCACUGGUGUCACCUUGCUCCAAGCUCUGGAUGGUAUUUCGCCCCCAGAACGCCCAACAAACAAAGCUCUUCGCCUCCCCCUCCAGGAUGUCUACAAAAUUGGUGGUAUUGGCACAGUACCAGUGGGUCGGGUUGAGACUGGUAUUCUGAAAUCUGGAAUGUUGGUGCAGUUUGCUCCCAAUGGACUCGUAACUGAAGUAAAAUCUGUGGAAAUGCACCAUGAAGCCCUGCCUGAAGCUCUUCCUGGUGACAAUGUUGGUUUCAACAUCAAGAAUGUUUCUGUUAAGGAUAUCCGCCGGGGCUAUGUUGCUGGUGACAACAAAAAUGAUCCUCCAGUGGAAGCUGAUCAUUUUAUUGCACAGGUCAUUAUCUUGAACCACCCUGGUCAGAUUUCGGCUGGCUAUUCCCCAGUACUUGAUUGUCAUACUGCUCACAUCGCCUGUAAGUUUAGUGAACUAAAGGAGAAGAUUGAUCGUCGAUCUGGCAAGAAGAUUGAAGAUUCCCCCAAAAUUAUAAAGUCUGGAGAUGCAGCUAUUGUCACCUUGACUCCAACUAAGCCCAUGUGUGUGGAGAGCUUUUCUGAAUAUCCACCUCUUGGUCGCUUUGCUGUCCGUGACAUGAGACAGACGGUGGCUGUAGGUGUGAUCAAGGCAGUUACUAAGAAAGAACUUACUGUAAAAGCCACCAAGGCUGCCAGUAAAAUAAUAAACAAGAAGUGAAUAUCACCACCAGCCACCAAGAUCCAGCAAACCCUGAGACAGACACCACCAAAAUGUUUAUUCAUUACCAGCCAAAUAUGUGUAUUAAUGAGAUACUGGAUAUUGAUCAAGAUGCAUCGAAAGAAAUUCAGAAGGAAAGGAUAGGAAUGAUGGAUUCUAAAUGUAGAUUCCAAAGCUAUCAGUGUAAUUGUAAAUGUCCUUUCACUAAUUAGGAGCUAUUUUGGUUGUGUAAUGAUUUAAAACUAAUAAAUACCCAAAACCA